GGGCGUAAAGAGGACGAAAACGGCAUGCAUGUCGCGACUUUUUUCCUGCUCAUUCUUCUCUCCGCCAUUCAAGCGCACGCUUGGUGGAGUCAUGAGUGCUGCAAGUGCCCCGGCCUGGACGACGAUGACACCUCCUUCUUCAUCAAUUUCACUGGAGGUAUCGAUGAAGAGGACUCCCAAGAACCUGCACCGACUAAUCUCUCGAAGGAAAAAAGGAAACUGCUGGACCUUCAAAACAGCUAUCGUCGAAGAGUUGCUCGGGGACAAGUCCCUGGGCAGCCACCCUCCUCGAAUAUUCACGAUCUGAAAUGGAGUACGGAGUUGGAGGCCUCGGCCCAGAGACACGCUGACACCUGUCAAUUCGCUCACGACAGCAACGAGGCACGCAGAACGGCUAGGUGGGACUGGGUCGGACAAAACAUUGCUUACUCCUCCAGCGUAGCUCAGAAUGUCGAAAUGUGGUUCAACGAAUACAAAGACUACAACUACAGUUCCAACUACUGCAGUGGUGUCUGCGGUCACUAUACACAGGUAAACAUAACUCGUAUGGGCGGACACCACACAUGUCGGGUGUGGGGUGAGCAGAUGCAAUUUCGGCGGGUUCGACGCGGUCUACGUGGUGUGUAA